AUGGGCUCCCUGCUUGCUUCGCUGGCUUUGGCCCCUUUGCCCCUGGUCCCGCUGGCGCGUGGCUGGCGAUCGGAGUGCGACAUCGAGGGUUUGGAUGUGCAGGUGCUCAUUCAUGGCAUUGGAGAGCGGUCGGAGCCCGACCGAAGUGUUUGCCGCGUUGCGUGGUUGGACCACCAGGACCUGCAGCGCGUGAGUGCAGGGGAUCUGCAAGGACAGGUCGAUUACCUCUUCACAGACUCACGCUCCUACGUGCCCUUCCGUGGGCGUCAUGGCUCGGUGCUGUACUUGGAGAAUAUCUCUGAGUUCCACGUGCCAGAAGAUCUUGAUCUCAUCAUGCAGGAAAAGACGCAGCUGCUCUCUGUGCUGAUGCCACCGAGGGAGAGGUGGGACGAGGUGGCGGAGGAAAUCUACCGCCAGGCCAUGGCCACGAUACCGGACCAUGUCUUCGUGGAGGAUGGCAGCCUCCAGACCGAGGCAGCAGCCUUCGAACGAUAUCGAUUCUGUAUAAUACCAGAAGAGGAUAGCACUCGCAACGCUGUUUCUCCACUGUUUGUUCGUAGCUUAGCGUACCACACCAUUGCGGUCUUCAACGGUUUCGUGGAAGUGGGGGCAAUGGUCUUCAACGCCAUUGCGGACUACGAUCCCGAACCCUUCAACAUCAUCGAGACGAUUGAAACGUUGAACAGGCAUAACAAGCAACUGGGCGCGCUCUGGCACUAUCAGCGCAUCAUCCAAGACCAGGUGCAGUACAGAUACAACAGACCCUUCGAGGAGAAGCUGUAUAGCCAAGCUUGUACAAUGUGCAGGUUGCUGGCAGAUCUGCCCGGCAGCAAGCCUCCGCUCGUGUUCGUUGGCAUCUACUCUGCCCGCAAGAACUUCGAAAAGCGGCAAGCUGUCAGGGACACAUGGGGCCGACUUCUGCGAGAACAGUUUGGCAUCCGCUACCGCUUCUUCCUCGGCGAAGGCAGCGCUGGCGCCUCCACGGAGGAGAGGCGGAUGCGGCAAGAGCUCGACGAUCACAACGACCUCGUCUUCCUGCCCGUCACGGAGGGCUAUCGCAUGAACUCCCGAAAGGGUUUGCUGUUCCUCGAGUGGAUCGCGGAACGCGCCGAAGCAGAGUUUCUGCUCAAAACGGACGACGACGUCUAUUUGCGCCCAGCGCCGCUCCUGAGGCAGCUGCGUAAGCGGAUCCCAGCGCAGUAUGCAUGGGCAAUUUUCGACUACAUCAGUCCUGUACCCAGAGACGAAGAUGAUAACUUUUACAAUGCGGAGGAAGAUUUUCCGUUCCCUGUCUUCCCGCCCUACCCGCGCGGCGUUGUGCGGGUACUCUCGAUGGACGUUGUCCGCCUGCUGGCCAAAGCAAGCCAGGAGGGCCGACUGCGAAUGAUCUACGGUGACGACCCGUGCAUCGGGGUCCACCUGCGCCAGCUCCUCUUCGAUGCGAACGAGCCGCUGCCAUCGCUGACGCUGGACGAUUUCGACAACAGGGUCUUUGCGAUGGAGCCCAGUUGUCACCACAACUUGUGGUCAAAGAUGACAAACCGGACGUGGGCGAUUCACCACGUGAAGCCGGAACAGAUCUUGUGUAUGUGGUCUGCGGAUUUGGCUGCUGGCUACUACGAGGACAGUGAAGCAGGUCUGCGCAUUGACGAGGAUCGUGAGCUGAACGAGUUCCCGGAUCUUUGCAGCUGUGCCACAGAUGAGUCUUUCUUCGAGCGCAGUGACCUAGACAAGCUGCAAGAGGAGACGCAACGGGUGCUCGACGACGACGAGGAGUGA